UUCGCAGCAAGUAUGAGCCCCAGUAGAGAAAUAGAUCAAGAAGAGGAAGCAUGUCUAGAUGCCACAGUAUUUUCUGUCUCUCAUGUCUUUCCUUUGGUUCUUCGCACAGCUGUCGAGCUAAAUCUCUUUGAGAUUAUAGCCAAAGCUGGCCAUGGAGCCCAUGUUUCUGCCUCUGAAAUUGCCUCUCAGCUUCCCACAACAAAUCCUGAUGCCCCUUCUGUGCUUGAUCGUAUCCUGCGUCUCUUCGCCACUCAUUCUCUCCUCUCUUACUCCUCACGGACCCUCGACGACGGCAGGAUUGAAAAACUUUAUGGCCUGACACCUGCCUCUAAAUUCUUUAUUGGCACUGUAGAAGAAGGCAACAUCUCUCCCUUAUAUACCUUUGCCAGCCACAGAGUCAAUUUGGAGGUUUGGUUACAUAUGAAGGACCUAAUUCUUGAAGGUGGAAAUCUGUUCAAGAAAGUUCAUGGGAUGUCUCUAUACGAGCACACGAAUAAAGAUCCAGAAUUCAACACCAUCUUCAACCAGGCAAUGGCUGGUAGCUCUACGCUUAUUAUGAAUGGAAUUCUAGCGAUUUACAAAGGAUUCGAGGGACUCACUUCACUGGUUGAUGUUGGUGGUGGCACUGGCAGGACUCUCAAUAUGAUCAUCUCCAAGUACCCUUCCAUCAGAGGCAUCAACUAUGAUCUCCCUCAUGUGAUCCAAACUGCACCACCUUAUCCUGGACUCCAGCAUGUAGGAGGAAAUAUGCUCACAAGCAUUCCAAAAGGAGAAGCAAUUAUGAUAAAGGAUACAUUUCACAAUUGGAGUGAUGAAAAUGUGGUGAAAAUAUUGAAGAACAUUUAUGAAGUGCUGCCAAAUAAUGGGAAACUUAUAGUGAUAAAUGCAGUAUUGCCAGAAGAACCAGAGACAAGCAAGGCUUCUCAAAAUGUUUCAGCAUUUGAUAACAUGAUGUUAACGAUACCCUCAGGGAAAGAAAGGACUACAAGAGAAUUUGAGGCCUUGAUUAGAGCAGCUGGGUUCAUAAACUUCAAAGUUGCUUGUGUUGGUUAUGGAAUCUGGGCUGUCAUGGAAUCCUACAAGUAAUUUUUAAGUUGCAAGAGUCGUAAUGGUUAUGGUAAAUCCUAUGUGAGAUUUACUAUAAUAAUAAUAAUAAUAAUAAUAAUAAUAAAUUUUAUACUAAUUUCACUAUAAUUAAUAAUAAAAACAUAUUAUUAUAUAUAUAAUAAUUACGUGCUCUGUAUAAAAGUCUCUCUUUGUUCUAUUCUUGAGAGGCCCUCCUAGCUAA